AUGGGUGUUCACUUCACACUUGUUUAUUAUUUUUUUGUGUUCAGCCUCUUCACUGAUUUGUCAAGUUGUGGAUAUGAGGUGGUAGAGAAGGACAUGCCAGUCCCGGAUGGAGAGGGUGUAGAGUGGAUGUUGAUGCCAGAUGGUCAAGGGAAUGUGCAAGUGGCCAUCCUGUCUGGACUAGAGCCCCGAUAUGCAGCUGGACUUGAUACUGUCAAUUUUUACUUAUACACCAGGGACAACCCAAAAAGAGCAGAGAAGAGGGCGAUGAACGACACGUGCCUGCCGGUGUUCAAGUACUUCAAGCCUCAAAGGAAGUCCAAGGUGCUGGUGCACGGCUUCGGCGAUAACGCUGCGGACUCAUUAAUGUUUCCCAUCCUUAGAGACGCAUUUCUGGCACGAGGAGACUACAACGUAUUCUGGGUAGACUGGGGAGAAAUGGCAGCUACCCCUUGGUAUCGGAAUGCCGCCCGCAACACCGGCCCGGUGGGGCGCCACACAGCCUCCCUGCUGGACCACCUCCACCGGUCCACCGGGGCGGACAUGCAGGACUUCCAUCUGGUGGGCUUCAGCCUGGGCGCGCACGUGGUGGGGCUCACUGGCAAGAACGUCAAGUCGGGCAGAAUAAAGAAGAUUACAGCCUUGGACCCUGCGCAAGUCCUAUUCAAGUCUGCAGGGCCCGAGGAUAUGCUGGCAAUCACAGAUGCGGACGACGUGGAAGUGGUCCACACCUCCGGAGGAUAUCUAGGAUUCCAGAAAGCUCUCGGACACCGAGACUUCUAUCCCAACGGUGGCUCUUGGCCUCAGCCAGGAUGUACUCUCGACUACGCAGCGGUGUGCAGCCAUCGGAGAGCCUACUACUACUAUGAGGAAGCUCUCAAGAAAGGAAAAGGGUUCAAGGCGGUCCCCUGCGACUCAUGGGACGACUUUUCCUCCGGCAAGUGCAAGGAUGAUGAGCGAGCUUUGCAGUUAGCUAACGAGAGCAAGAACGGCAAGUCAGUUUGCCUCGAUAGCGGCAGUCUACAGUCCACUUCUGAGUGCGACAUGCAACUGCUCAAAGUGCUAAUGUUGGUUGCCAGGAUAGCUGGCCAGAUCACGCAGGCGGUGGGAGGAUGGACAGGCACAAUCAUGCAGCCUUUCACUAACUACCUCUUCCGACAAGACGGCUGUCCCAACGCUGAAGGAAUCUGUCCUGAUUCUAACAUCACCUACUUCUUAUAUACAAGAGAAACUCAGAAUUCCCCUCAUCAAUUGGAUCCUCUGAAUUUAGACACUAUCAAGAAGGCAAAUUUCAUACAAGGCGUUCCACUAAAAGUAAUCAUCCAUGGCUACACGGGCAAUAAAGACUACUCACCCAACAUGGAGUUGAGACCAGCAUAUUUCAAGCAUGGAGAGUACAACAUCGUGACAGUAGACUGGAGUCCUCUGGCCAAGGAGCCGUGCUACUGGGAGGCAGCGCACAACGUGGAUGCAGUGGCACAUUGUGCGGCCGAGCUGCUGGACUUGGUGUACCAGACCCGCAGUGAAGUGAGCAUCAACAACACGCAUAUAGUAGGCUUCAGCCUGGGGGCACACACGGCCGCCACGCUUGCCGCCAACCUCAAGUCUGGCAAGGUGCCACGGCUCACAGGUCUAGAUCCUGCACUGCCUCUGUUUGAUGACUGGACCAACUCUGUGGCUAGCCUGAUAGACCCUGGGGAUGCCAUGUUUGUAGACGUGUACCACAGCAACAUGGGCCACAAGGGCAAGAAGGCUGCAGGGGGAGUAAUUGAUGUCUACCUCAACAAUGGUGCCAACCAACCUGGCUGCAACUGUAAUCGCAGCUGUGAUCAUGUACGAGCUGUAGAAUACUAUGCAGAGUCUAUCACUUCUCCUGUAGGCCUGUGGGGCUUUGCUUGCUGGAGCUGGACAUUCUAUACAAACGGUUUCUGCAAGGUAACCUCCCCCCAGGAUCUGGUGCUCCUUGGAGAGCCCAUCUCCAGAGAGGAGCAUGGAAUCUACAUGGCUUUUACCAACUCUACGACACCGUUUCUCCUGCCACCUUCAACAUACAUUGAAGAUGACAAUUUAACUGCAAAAAUUGAUAAAGGUUUGAUAAAGAGCAAUGAAUCAACCAUUAAAUGCAGUUCUCAGAGAAAUUUCCAUCUGAAAGAUCUUUUGAAUUUUCAGAAACAUCCCCACAGAAACAGCUCACGUAAACAUGUGCAUAGGGAAAAUUGUGCCAGGACUAUUCAUCUUUUUAAAACUAAAUUUAGUUGGGCUGCGUCUAAAACUGAAAAAAUGACCCUACAACCCAUAAGUUCUACAAGAAACAUUACAGAGACUACAGAUAUCUUUGUAAAUUCAACUUUACCAAUAGCUACUGGUUGUGUAGAAUCUGAUUUUUUACUCUCUGGUAAGAUUCGUGAAGGUUUGUUUAAUGAUUCUGGAAAUGAAAGUACUUACAAUGAAAUAGCUAAAGAUAAUAAUGUUCUCAAUAUGAUAAAUCUUGAUAUGACCGAAAUAACAAACCUUUCAAUGUACCAAUACAACAAUACAGAUAUUAAAUCAUCAACUUGUUUUCAUAACACCCACACUAACUCACCAAAACCUGCAAAUGAAAACAAUUCGAAUCCAUUUGAUUUAAAUUCUGACGCAACAACCACUGUCAAUAAUAGUUUAUGUUUUAAUGAAAUUAUUCAUGAUAGCACUAACAGCAAGUCUAACAAGUUUUAUUUUAAGAAUAUUUUCAAAUCUAAAAAGUAUUCUACAUGCAACAAUCUGAAUCUGGCACAACCCAACUUUAAGACGGAUGAGGUAGAAAAUUCUACAACAGAAAUGUAUGUGACUGAAACUAUGAAUCUGAUAGAAUCACAAAUUCCAUCAACUCCACAUGUUGAAUUUAGUAGUACAGGGAGUGACCAGAGUUUAGACAUUACUGAGGAUGAUGUAAGAAAUUCAACAGACCACAAAGGUAUUAAAUAUUUCAAAAAUAUUUUUAACUUUAAAAGGCGAUCAUCUAGUUCAAGCAGUGAUAGUUCUAUACCUACUUCUGAUCCUCCUAUUAAUAAAGACUUUUCAGUUCCUAACUCUCUUCAAAGUUGGUUGAUGAAGACUUUGCCUGAAAUGGAGACUCCAACAUUUAAGGAAGUUAAAACUACACAAGAAUCUAUUAAAACUGAGUGUCAACAAAACUUUUUCAUUAAGAAAUUUAAUACAUUUACAAAAUUAGAUGACGAGGAUGAACGUUAUGAUUAUGAUACGGGCAUGAGUAACCCUGAACAUUAUGACAAAGUUCAAACAGCUGUUGGAACAAGUCCAUAUAGUUUAUUUGAAAAAUCAACCACUAACCAAAGAAAUCAUAAAUUCAAAAAUAUAUUUAGGUUUCAUAAGUCAAGUACCCUAAAUGAGUCAGACUUCACUUCAAUAGAUCAAUACCCUACAGAAACUUUGAUGAACAAGUCAAAACCAACCAUGAUAUACAAUUCACAACAAACAAAUGAAAUAUUUUCUGAAGUCAAACCGAGUGACCAGUUAUGUUUCAACUAUCCUGAUAAUGAAACAUUUCAAGAUAACAAAACGUUCUUCACAAACAAAACGACAACACGAAAAUCCCUAAUGGGAAAUUUUAGACUAAACUUUAAGAAAUUUAAGAAACAUACAACUGCAACCACUGAGAUAAACCAGCAAAGUAACGGGAAAUUAUUUCCAACAGAAUCUGAACAUUCAGGUAUAUUUCCUGACACUGAUUUUACAUCGGAAAGAUACACAGAUGAACAAAAAGAAAUUUACUUGACUAGUAGAAGAUCUGUAAAUAAAUGGCUAUUCAAAGACAGACAAAAAAAUAGAAACUCAUCUUCUAAUUGCAGGUUGGAUUACGGAAAAGGAAAUAUAUUUCAAUGGUGUUCAGAGAGAAAACCUGAACUUCAAAGACUAAACAAUAAAGAGGUUUUUAUUAGUUCAGAGGGUAUUUAUUAUCCAUCAAACUUUACAUUUGAAAGUCUUAAUAUCAAACAGAAUGAAACAACUCCUUAUUCACAAUCAAGAAACAGGUUUAAAGAUAUCUUUAAAUUUAAAAGUCCCAGCACUGUGAAUAUUACCACUCAAAUUGCAGACUUUACAAGAAUUCAACAUAACGUAAGUACCAGUUUGGGAAAAAGUACAGAAACUAUCUGUAAUAAUAACCAGACUUCACCAAAGAGCAGUUCAGUUAAAAGUACCAUCAAACAGUAUUUUUCUAAACUGAGGAAAAAAAUUCACCUUUCAAAAAACUCUAAUGAAAAAAAGAACACAACAGUUACCAAUGAUUUUUAUGAUUCAUUUGAUGAAUUCCAAAAUCCACCUAUAAUAAAAGACAAUGGAACGAACAAUUUUGAAAUUGGUGGAAACAAUAUUAGUUUUAUAAUAUGUAACUUAACCCAGGACACAAAUAGCAGUUUGCUACUUCACCCAGAUUAUGUUAAAUGUGCUAAUCUAAGUAAUGUGAAUUCAGAAGAAUCACAUUCUGCUGAGUCUGCUAUAAACAUAACAUUACCUCAUAACAGCUCAUUUCACAUUAUGGCUUAUGUGAUGAAACCUUUGGAAAACCUGAUCAGUAUCUUCAAAGCAACUCCAAAUAAUGUUACUAAAUUUGAUUUGAACGCUUCAGAAAUCCAAAACGGAAGCCUACCAGACUAUUUACACCCUUCGAAUUCUUCAGUUGUGAUUCUUGCUGUAAAUAACACAGCAAACACAACUAAAGAUGUACAUGAGGCAAAAAUUGGACUAUUUGAUGUCGUGAAGGGUUGGUUUCACUGCGUACUGGAAUCUUUUAAUGAACCAACGGUACAUGACGUUCAUUUCUACUUGUAUACUAGAAACAAUUCAGUCUCACCCGAAGAGUUGUUCCUCAUCGAUGAACCUGAGCCAGACAAUAACACGGAUGUAGACUUUCCAGAGCCUGUGUAUGAGCAGGAGUCAUUGUCAGAGAUGGCACGGAGGAGAAGGCAGUAUGAGGAAGAUUACGGUUUUGAAUAUCUAAGUCCUGCAAAGUCUGGCCUGCAGUCCGAUUGGUUCAACAUACAUGCUGAGACUAAAGUGUUGAUCCACGGUUAUAUUCAAGAUUUCCACACUGACAUCAUGACCGACAUGAAGGAUGCAUAUCUGAAGAAAGGUGACUUCAAUGUGAUCGUUGUGGAUUGGUCAGUGAUCGGAGACAGCUCCUGCUAUCCUAUGGUGGCAACCAAGGGCUUGCACAGCGUAGGGUUGCUACUAGCUCAGCUCUUGGACCAGCUUGUGGAAGGCGGAGUAUCACUGUCCCGUGUUCAUCUUGUGGGCUUCAGUCUAGGAGCACAUGUUGCAGGCCACGCCGGCAGCGAGCUCCACAAUGGUCUGGUGUACCGCAUCACAGUAGGUCUGGACCCAGCCUUGCCGUACGUUCCGAUGGAGUCAAAGGUGAGCCUGGAUGCUGGGGAUGCAGUGUUUGUGGACAUCAUCCAUUCAGCUGCUGGCUACCUCGGCCAGCCCGGACCCAUGGGGCAUGUCGACUUCUACCCCAACGGUGGUUCACAGCAGCCAGGUUGUGACAUUUCUUCGUUUGGAACAUGUUCUCACCGCAGGUCUGCUCUGUAUUUUAUUGAGUCCAUCAAUACAGAUGCAGAGUUCCGUGCAUCUGAAUGUGAGUCCUGGCAGGACUUUCAGGCCGGCCUAUGUAAUAACACGGCCACUUUGCCCAUGGGAGAAAAUUGUCCUACCAACGCAAGCGGAAAAUAUUACCUUCUCACAGGGCAGAGACAACCAUUUGCUUUGGUGCCUGAAGAACAUGUUAAAGUAAAAAAAUCUUUGUUAUUAGAUUUAUUUUAUGACUUAUGAUUGUUCUAUUACAUUCUAUCUGUAAAUAUAAACUCGUUGAU